UGGUUCACCGCCCUUGGAGGCGGAUUCAAAGCUUGGACUGGAGAGAGUAAUGGUCGAAUAUUGGCUCCAUCUAAAUAGCUAACAUUAUUUUGCAUACCAGAAAGACCCCAGUUGAAUUUGUAAGGCAAACACAGAGGUCAUCAUGGGUGAUGACAGUGAGUGGAUGAAGUUGCCCAUCGACCAGAAGUGCGAACACAAGGUAUGGAAAGCCAGACUAAAUGGCUAUGAAGAAGCCCUGAAGCUCUUCCAGAGGAUAGAGGACGAGAAGAGCCCAGAAUGGGGCAAAUACCUGGGCCUGCUUAAGAAAUUUGUGACCGACUCAAACGCCGUGGCCCAGCUGAAGGGCCUAGAGGCAGCAUUUACCUACAUUGAGAAGGCUCAUGUGGCUGGCAAAACAUCAGGAGAGGUGGUGUCGGGCGUGGUCAGUAAAGUGUUCAACCAGCCUAAAGCCAGGGCCAAAGAGCUGGGCUCAGACAUCUGCCUCAUGUACAUAGAGAUCGAGAGGGCUGAGGUGGUUCAGGACGAGCUCAUCAAAGGCCUCGAUAACAAAAACCCCAAGAUUGUCGUCACCUGUAUUGAAACUUUAAGGAAGGCACUUAGUGAGUUUGGGUCCAAAAUUAUUACUCUGAAGCCAGUGGUGAAAGUUUUGCCCAAACAGUUUGAGUCGAGAGAAAAGGCGGUUCGAGACGAGGCCAAACUACUAGCAGUAGAGAUUUAUAAAUGGAUCCGGGAUGCGCUUCGACCUCCUCUCCAGGGCAUCAACUCUGUUCAGUUGAAGGAGCUGGAGGAAGAGUGGGUGAAGCUGCCGACGACAGCCCCCAAACAGAGCCGCUUCCUCCGCUCACAGCAGGCCCUCAAGGCCAAGUUUGAACAGCAGCAGGCAGCUGGAGGAGACGAGGCAGAUGGAGAUGAUGAUGACGAACCUGCACCUCAGGUAGACCCGUAUGAGCUGCUGGAAGCAGUGGAGAUCCUCUCAAAACUACCUAAAGACUUCUAUGACAAAAUUGAGGCCAAAAAAUGGCAGGAGAGGAAAGAGGCCUUGGAAGCAGUGGAGACCUUGGCUAAAAACCCUAAAUUGGAGAAUGGCGACUUUGGUGACUUAGUCAGAGCACUAAAAAAGGUUAUUGGUAAAGAUGCAAAUGUUAUGCUGGUGACCCUGGCAGCCAAAUGUGUGGCUGGACUAGCAGCUGGGCUCCGGAAGAAGUUUGGAACAUAUGCAGGACAUGUGGUGCCAACGAUUUUAGAAAAGUUUAAAGAGAAGAAACCACAAGUGGUCCAGGCCUUGCAAGAGGCUAUUGAUGCAAUCUUCCUUACUACAACUCUCCAGAAUAUCAGUGAGGAUGUGUUGGGUGUGAUGGACAACAAGAACCCUUCCAUCAAACAGCAGGCCUCUCUGUUCCUGGCCAGAAGCUUCCGCCACUGCACCCAAGCCACGUUGCCAAAGAGCAUGCUCAAAGCUUUCUGCCCUGCAUUUCUCAAGCAAGUGAAUGAUUCGGCCCCAGAGGUGAGAGACGCUGCGUAUGAAGCUUUGGGGACAGCCAUGAAGGUGGUGGGGGAGAAGGCUGUCAACCCAUUCCUGGCUGAUCUGGACAAACUCAAGCUUGACAAGAUUAAAGAAAGUGCUGAUAAGGUGGAACUGCCUGGAAAGAAAGGAGGAGGUGGUGGAGGGGCGGAGAAGAAGGCACCUGCUGCAAAGGCAGCACCGCCUGCUGAGGCUCCAGCUAGAUCCUCUGCACCGCCCAAGAAGGCCCCAGCAGCUAAGUUUGGUGGACCUCCUAAGAAAGGUAAACCUGCCUCCGCUCCGAGUGCGAAAGGAAAGAAAUGUUCUGAAACAAAGGAAUUCAUAGAGACCGAGCUAUCGAUUGAGGUGUGUGAGGAGAAGUCCGCCGCGGUGCUCCCUGCCUCCUGCAUGCAGCUGCUGGACUCUGCUAACUGGAAGGAGAGACUGGCCAGCAUGGAGGAGUUUCAGAAGGCUGUGGAGCAGAUGGACAAGAGUGAGAUGCCCUGCCAGGCUCUGGUUAGGAUGCUGGCCAAGAAACCAGGCUGGAAAGAGACUAACUUCCAGGUGAUGCAGAUGAAGCUUCACAUUGUGGGUCUGAUAGCCCAGAAGGGAUCCUUCUCCAAGACGUCAGCCUUCGUGGUGUUGGACGGCCUGGUGGAUAAAAUAGGAGAUGUGAAAUGUGGGGGCAAAGCCAAGGAGGGCCUGACUGCUACCGCUGAGGCCUGCUCCCUGCCCUGGACAGCUGAACAGGUGGUCUCCAUGGUUUUUGCACAGAAGAAUCCUAAAAAUCAAGCUGAAACCCUCAACUGGUUGGCUAACGCCAUGAAGGAAUUUGGAUUUGCUGGCAUCAAUGUGAAGGGUUUCAUUAACAAUGUAAAGACGGCGUUGGGAGCGACCAACCCUGCGGUGCGGACAGCAGCCAUCACCCUCCUAGGAGUCAUGUACCUCUACAUGGGAGCUCCUCUACGCAUGUUCUUCGAGGAUGAGAAACCUGCCCUGCUGAAACAGAUAGACGAUGAGUUUGAAAAGAUGCAAGGCCAGUCUCCUCCGACUGCGUUCAGAGGAGCCAAGAAAGGAGGAGCAGAGGAGGAUGGAGAGGAGGCAGACGAGCAGGAGGAGGAUGGAGGAGGAGGAGGAGCACCUGACAUCAUGGAUCUGCUACCUAGAACUGACAUUAGUGAUAAGAUCACACAAGACAUGGUGGAUAAGAUAGGUGACAAGAACUGGAAGAUUCGUAAGGAGGGUCUGGAUGAGGUGGCAGCCGUCAUCUCUGAGGCCAAGUUUAUCCAGCCCAGCAUAGGAGAGCUACCCGUGGCACUGAAGGGACGCCUCAACGACUCCAACAAGAUCCUGGUCCAGCAAACCCUGACCAUUCUUCAGCAGAUAGCCGUAGCGAUUGGCCCAGCUCUGAAGCAACAUGUCAAGAACCUGGGUAUGCCCAUCAUCACUGUACUGGGAGACAGCAAGACCAACGUGCGUGCUGCUGCCAUGACAACCCUGCAGGCCUGGGUAGAACAGACCGGCAUGAAGGACUGGCUGGAGGGAGAGGACCUGUCUGAAGAGCUCAAGAGAGAGAACCCCUUCCUUAGGCAGGAGGUGCUGGGCUGGCUGGCAGAGAAGCUCCCCACCAUGCGUACGGUGCCCUCUGACCUGAUGCUGUGUGUGCCCUACCUGUACUCCUGUCUGGAGGACCGCAAUGGAGACGUGAGGAAGAAGGCCCAGGAUGCCCUGCCCACCUUUAUGAUGCAUUUGGGCUACGAGAAGAUGUUAAAGGCCACUGGCAAACUCAAGCCCGCCUCGAAGGAGCCAGUGUCUGCCCUGCUGGAGAAGGCACGGGCAGUGAUGCCAGCCAAGCCUGCUCCACCUCCUGGCAAAGCUGGCGCAGCCAAGUCUAUCAGCGGCGGUGCCCCUGCUGCAAAGUCAGCUUUGUCUAAAGCUAAACCUAAAGCUGUUAUUGAUGACUAUGAUGAUGACGACGAGCCUGAGCAUGAGACUAAGACUAAGAAAGUGGUUAAGGCUGGAGCUGCUAAAAAGAACGCCCCCCAGGAAUCUGUUGCGAGCUCGGAUAAAGAUAGUGUCAGUAGUCCUAAAAGACUUACAAAGGGGAAGCGUAGCAGCCAGCAGGGUGUGCUUGGGAAGAAGGCCCCGGUCACUAAGGCCACUGCCAAGGAUGAGGAGGACAGGUCAGGUGUUAUCUUUAUGCUGGUGCCCAACGGCAAGGAACAGAGGAUAAAGGAGGAGAAAGGGCUGAAGGUGUUGAAAUGGAAUUUCCAGACCCCUCGAGAUGAGUAUGUGGACCAGUUGAAGACUCAGAUGUCUACCUGCUUCGCCAGGUGGCUCCAGGACGAACUCUUCCACGCUUCUGACUUCCAACGCCAGGUGAAGGCUAUUGGGGUCAUGGGAGAGCGUAUGGAGGAUGAGCUUGAGGGCACAGUCAGCUGCUUGGACCUGAUCCUGAAGUGGUUCACGCUGCGUUUCUUUGAGACCAACAGCACUGUGCUGAUGAAAGUUCUGGAGUACCUCAAGCUGCUCUUCCCCAUGCUGAGCAGAGAGAACUACCACCUCAAUGAAUACGAGGCUUCCUCCUUCAUCCCCUACCUCAUCCUCAAAGUUGGGGAAUCGAAGGAUGUGGUGCGUAAAGAUGUGCGUGCCAUCUUCACCAUGCUUUGUAAGGUCUACCCCGCCAGCAAAGUCUUCCCUUUUCUCAUGGAUGGGACCAAGUCCAAGAACUCCAAACAAAGAGCUGAAUGUCUUGAGGAGCUAGGCUGUCUGAUAGAGAACUAUGGGAUGAACGUCUGUCAGCCAACACCAGCCAAAUCCCUGAAAGAGAUCGCUGUUCACAUCGGAGACAGGGACAAUUCAGUACGCAACGCUGCCCUCAACACAGUGGUGGCUGUGUACAAUGUCUGUGGGGACCAAGUCUACAAACUCAUUGGCAAUCUGUCUGAGAAGGAGAUGAGUAUGUUAGAGGAGAGGGUCAAGCGCUCGGCUAAGAAGACCCCAGCAGCAGCCCCACCACCCACCAGACAGACUGCAGAGAGAGAGAGGCCCCAGAGAGAACACCCCUCCAACCCCAAUGCUACCUUCAUGAGGAAGCCUGCUCAGCCACCUCAGGAGGAAGUGCCCAACAAGCUCAAAAUAAUGUAUCGCACUUAUAGGAUCCAAGCGCGGGCUCAGAACGCUAUACGGGAACACUCGCACCCGUCCAUCCCCAAGGAGUUUCAGCUGGAUCUGGACAUGAUUGAGAACGACCACACACGGGUCAGUGAGCUGCCCGACCUGGUCCAACACAAACUGGACGAACUGCUGGAGCCCAUCAUGAUGCCAGAGCCCAAGAUCCGCUCUGUCUCGCCCCACUUUGAUGAUCUUCACAACAGCACCGCUUCCACCAUCAACUUUGUCAUUUCCCAGGUGGCCAGUGGAGACAUCAACACCAGCAUACAGGCUCUGGCACAGAUUGAUGAGGUGUUGAGGCAGGAGGACAAGGCGGUGGCCAUGUCAGGUCACAUCGACCAGUUCCUCAUCGCCACCUUCAUGCAGCUGCGCCUCAUUUACAACACACACAUGGCCGACGACCGCCUCGACAAGAAGGACAUCUUCAAGCUCUACAGCUGCAUCAUCGGCAACAUGCUCUCAUUGUUCUCUAUGGAGAGCCUGGCGCGAGAGGCGUCUAUGGGGGUUCUAAAGGACCUGAUGCACGGUCUGAUCACGCUGAUGCUGGAUGCCCGGGUGGAGGACAUCGAGGACGGACAGCAGCUCAUCCGCUCCGUCAACCUGCUAGUGGUCAGAGUACUGGAGAAGUCUGACCAGACCAACAUCCUCAGUGCUCUUCUAGUGCUGCUACAUGACAGCCUAACCACCUCAUCAGGGUCUCCUAUGUUCUCUGAACUGGUCAUGAAGUGCCUGUGGCGUAUGAUCCGGUUCCUGCCAGACACCAUCAACAGCAUCAACCUGGACCGCAUCCUGUUGGAUGUCCACAACUUCAUGAAGGUGUUCCCCAAGGAGAAACUGAAGCAGCUGAAGUCUGACGUGCCCCACAGGACUCUCAAGACCCUGCUGCACACACUGUGUAAACUCACUGGAGCCAAAAUCCUGGACCACAUGUCCAUGAUAGAGAACAGGAAUGAUUCUGAGCUGGAGGCCCACCUGAGACGAGUGGUCAAACACUCUGGAAACUUCUCUGGCAUGAAGUCUGACCGGGGCACAGAGAAAGGACAGGAUGACAAGAUGUCUAAAGCUAAAGUGAGCGACAUCCUCUCUGAGAUCUUCAAGAAGAUUGGCUCCAAGGAAAACACAAAAGAGGGCCUGACUGAGCUAUAUGAGUAUAAACAGAAUUACUCAGACACUGACCUGGAGCCCUUCCUGAGGAACACGUCUCAGUUCUUCCAGAGCUACGUGGAGAGAGGCCUCCGCAUGAUCGAGUCUGAGAGAGAGGGCAAAGGCAGGAUCCAGACUUGUAGCACAGUGAUUCCCCAACAUGGCCUAGACUCUGGCUCAGUGCCUCUGAACGGAGAGGAGAUGAAACCUGCAGUGUACUACGAGAGACUGAAGAUACUGAGACAGAGACAGGGACUGGAGAACAACUCCAGGCAGGCUCAGCUGUUGCCGCAGGAGGAGGGGGACAGUGGACAGACGCGUCCCAUGACGUCCCUGCUGUCCAAGCCCUCGGUGGCCUCCUCCACAGACAUGCUCCAAAGCAAACUGUCUCAGCUCAAAGAGUCCCGCGAGUCCCACUUCCAGCAGGAGCAGUCCCACUCCCACAGCCCCACACGCUGCUCGUCCCCCUCCGCCAACCUCGACGACCUCAAGAAGAGGCUGGAACGGAUAAAGAGCAACCGCCAAUAAACAACCCCUGACCGCCAACCCCAUCUCUAUACCCAGUCUAUCCAAUGUGUUAGCCAGCCCCCACCCUCGACCCCGAUACCCACCAAGCCUUGGCUUUACCAACACCCUGCUCUUUUCCUGGCCUUCUUUUUCAGGGCAACCCCCUCUGUGUAUAAAUUUGAAAAAAAGCACCCGUCUCAUUGUACAAUAUACUGUAAGUGGACUAUUUUUUUGUUGAGUAUCGUGGCACUAUUGUCUGUAUAUACUCAUGGAUGCUAACCACUCAGUGCUUUUUAAGUGUCAAGUUAGGGUUAUAGUGUACAGUUUCCAUGUGCAGAAUGCUGUAAUAUGUGUAACUUAAUCUAGCCUUUUUUUUGUUGUUGAAGGAUUUAGAAUUCCAUGGUCAAACCAUAACAUUUCUCUUCUGUGCAGGGUUGGGGUCAAUUCCAUUUUAAUUCAGUCAUUUCAAGAAGUAAAGUGAAAUUCCAAUUUUUCCUCAUAGAGAAGCAUUUAGGAAAAUCUGAGUAGGAAUUGGAAUGUCAGUUUACUUCUGGAAUUGACCCCAACCCUGUUUCCAGGCCCUGUCAGUUCAUACCACUGUUAGCUAAACUUGCUAUUUUGCUUUUCCAUCUAUGAAGUUAAAACUCAUCAAACUUGAAGGAUUGAUUCUGUUCUCGAAGUAAAGGAAGGAGCAUGGCAUGAAGUAAUUGUUUUGUAAAUAAGGUUUGCAUUACUAAAAUAUGCUUAUUAAAUCAUUGGUUUAAUAACGCUCCCAUCUUGCAUAUUGUAGCAGAAUGUUGCUAAUUCUGAUGCAUUGUUUUUGUAUUUAACUCAAAUGGAAGUAGUCUUACAUUUUUGCUCUUAUUGGUUUUAAGUGUAUAAUCUAUUGUGAAAAUGGCAAUAAAGUAUGUUUUUUUUUUAUUUUAACAAACUACC